CGGUAGCCAUGACGCUACGGUGAAUGAUAAGACGCCAGCGGGACUCUACUCCGGUCCGUCGGUACGGAAGAUUCAACGGGAUGGAACUUCGGUUUAAAAUCUUUCCAUUAAGGGCACGGUGUUGCGGUUUCUUGUGGGACUGGGGAGCCGUGGUGAUGGGGCGGGCCAGUGGCCGUUUAUCGAUAUGAUUUAUGCCAUCAUAAGUGUAAUUUUCCACUCCAGGUAGGACGUAUUAUCCCCCAGUGGUUCGCACAGAGAUGCUGGGUGUCCACACACGUCAGCACCCCCCACACAACGGCAGCAUUCAUUCACCGCAGAGCUAAACUCUCCGGGGCAUAAGAAGCAGCCAUGGCUGUGAAAUCAAGGAGACCGUGGACGACCGUGAUUUUCGGCGUCUUUCUCGGGUUCACCGUGUCCUCGUGGCUCAUCCUUCCUCAGGUUCUGGAGGGGAAAGGGAAGAAGUCUCCCGCGUGCACGCACCACAGCGACUCCUCCGUCGGUAAAGGUCCCGCCAUCCACGGGAACACCGCGGCUGUCAAAGACCGGGACAGCCCGCAGGUCAGCCAGGAGGAGGACAGGGUAUUCAGUACGGGGAACAGUAGCGGAGGUACCGGGAGACCUGCGAGCAGACCGACGCGUUUCCUCUAUGUCGGCGUCAUGACAGCGAAGAAAUACCUGCGGUCCCGCGCCGUGGCAGCGUACGAGACCUGGGUGAGCUCCAUACCGGGGAAGGUGGAGUUCUUCUCAAGCGCGGGGUCCGGGGCGAUCCACGUGCCGGUCCCCGUCCCGGUGGUCUCGCUGGCGGACGUGGACGACUCGUACCCGCCACAGAAGAAGUCAUUCAUGAUGCUGAAGUACAUCCACGACCACUACCUGGAUAAAUACGAGUGGUUCAUGCGCGCGGAUGAUGACGCUUAUAUAAGAGGCGAGAAGCUGGAGUUGUUCCUGCGGUCGCUGAACAGCAGCAAGCCCCUUUAUCUGGGCCAGACGGGCUUGGGCAUGGCCGAGGAGCUGGGCAGGCUGGCCCUGGAGCCCGGAGAGAACUUCUGCAUGGGGGGCCCCGGGAUGAUCUUCAGCAGAGAAGUUCUACGCAGGAUGGUCCCUCACAUCGGUACCUGUCUGAGGGAGAUGUACACCACCCACGAGGAUGUGGAGGUGGGCCGCUGUGUGCGGCGCUUUGGAGGAACGCAGUGUGUGUGGUCAUAUGAGAUGCAGCAGCUCUUCUAUGAGAACUACGAACACAACAAGAAAGGUUUCAUUGAGGAACUUCACAGCAGCAAGAUCCACAAUGCCAUUACGCUUCACCCCAACAAGAAGCCCGCUUACCAGUACCGGCUCCACAGCUUCCUGCUGAGCCGUGAGAUUUCGAGGCUUUGUUACCGCAGCAUCCUGCUCCACCGCCAAGGCUUGGUUAUGAGUUUCCUCAGCGAUACAGAGGUCCUGUGGGAGGACCAGCAGCUGGGGUCCCCGCCUUCCUACAUGCGCUACAAGCCCAAUGAGAGAAAUGAUGUAAUUGAGUGGGACUUCCUGACUGGCCGACAUAUUUAUUCUGCUGCAGAGAACAAGGUUGCCCGGCAGAGCCUUGGGAACUCGCUUCGGACCGCGCUGGAAGGCAUCAUUCUCCAGGUCAUGGAGAUGAUUAACGAGAAUUCGAAAACUCGUGGUCGCGUAAUUGACUUUAAAGAGAUCCAGUACGGCUACUACAGGGUGGAUCCAAUGCAUGGCGCAGAAUACAUCAUAGACUUACUGCUGCUGUACAAGAAACACAAGGGACGCAAAAUAACCGUGCCUGUGCGGCGGCACGCUUACCUUCAGCAAUCCUUCAGCCGACCCUUCUUUACCGAAGCUGACGAGCUGGAUGUGGCUGAACUCGUGGCUGCCAUCAACUCUGAAUCCCAAUCCCUUUCUUUUCUAUCCAACUCUCUGAAGUUCUUGUCACCUUUCCAGGUCUACGAAUCAAACAGGGAACUGUUGGAGCAGAGCCAGAGGAAGGUCAACAUCCUGGUCCCAUUAUCCGGUCGCUAUGACACCUUCGUCCGCUUCAUGGAGAACUUUGAGAAGGUGUGUUUGAUACCCAAACAAAAUGUUAAGCUCUCCAUCAUUCUGGUGGACAAUGAGAGGGAACAGACCGGAGGCAGACACAGUCAGUUAAUCAGAGACUACUACAGGAAGUAUCCCAAAGCUGACCUGUCCAUAAUCCCCAUGACAGGCAACUUCUCACGAGGACUGGCUCUUGAGCUGGGCUCCUCGCAGCUCGACAAUGACUCGCUACUUUUCUUCUGCGAUGUUGAUCUCAUCUUUAGUGGGGAUGCCUUGCAACGCUGCAGAGAAAACGCUGUCCAAGGGAGACAAGUCUAUUUUCCUGUUGUCUUUAGUCAGUACAACCCCAAGAUAGUGUACUCUGAGAAGGCCCCAACAGAAAACAAAUUUGUGCUGACCAAGAAAAAUGGAUUCUGGCGAGAUUACGGAUUUGGAAUCACCUGUGUUUUCAAAAGUGACUUACUGAAAGCCGGAGGUUUUGACACCUCAAUCUUAGGCUGGGGACUGGAAGACGUAGACUUGUUCACAAAAGUUAUUAACUCUGGUUUGAAAGUGUUGCGCAGUCAGGAACCAGGACUUGUCCACAUCUAUCAUCCCGUCCAAUGCAACACAAGUCUGGAGCAGAGGCAACACAAAAUGUGCCUCGGGUCGAGAGCGAGUACGUUUGCAUCGACAAUGCAGUUAGCAGAGCUGUGGCUGGAGAAACACAUAGAGGCGGGGUACAACAGAACUUCAUCCUGACACUCCAGCCCCCCCUGGAACCCUCCAUACAAGUUUACCUCAGUUCUGCUCGCAAGCAGACGGGCAAUUGACUGUGUGUGUGUGUGUGUGUUGAAGUGUGACUGUGGAUCAGAGGUCUUGUAGGCUGUCAAAUUUGACCUGGAGAGGACCCUGACAGUAAGUAGACUCAACCCCAAAGGGAUCCAGAGAAAAUCGCACACAAACACAAUAGAGUCUAGGAUUACGGCAUCCACUUUUUGGAAGUCUGCUACCUUAUCCAAUACCAAACAACUAACUUAAUACAAAUUUGCCGUUGGUACAUUGGACAUUCUACAGAUUUAUUGAUGUUUUAUUUACUGUGCCAACGAUGCGAAUAUAGAGCUCUGGGACCUUUAUUGCAGUUCCUUAGGGUUUGGUUUAGAGGUAACCAACUCUUACAUGUAUAAAUAACAAAUGCUUCUUUGGGGAGCCCCCAAGCGUUUUAUAUGACCCAAAGAUCAAACUUUAUCGCCUAAAAAAAAAUAUAUAUAUAUAUAUUUAUAUAUAUUAUACUAUAUAUGUAUAAGUGUUGCUGGUUCUAGUACCCAUCUGACACCAGCUGUAAUUGAGCCAGUAAGUUGAAUACUAUGCUCUUCAUGAGUGCAGUGAUUGUGGAAUGUUGAUGGCUGCUGUGCCAUGAGCAGUAUAGUCUGUUGCGUUACACAAUCUGUGUGUGUGUUUGUGUGAGAGAGACGGAGCUGGUCAACAUCAAUGUGCCACCUUGAAUCUAAGGGUUGGUAAUCUUGAGAAAAUAGCAAGAGUACGCUAGAUUCAACAACAGAAACCCACAGCCCAGUCCUCCAAAGACACUUAUCCAAAAUGAUCAUAAUUAACCUUAACAACGAACAUGGCUUUUGUUGAUACUCACAGCUGUUAUGCUAGCUGGUUUUGGAAGACUGUGAAGAGCAAUGAGUGCACCGGAGGGCAGUCAUUACAUUCUGACUGAGUGAAAUUAUUGAACAGUUGUGACAGCCACAGUUACCAGGUUAUUGUCUUUCUUUUUGUUGUCAGAGUAUUUGAUUAAUUGAUUGAUUGCUGUCAGGAUGUAAUGAGUAUUCAACAAAAAUAUUAAAAAAAAAUUGAAGAAGAUUACCAACCCUAGCUUUAAUCUCAAAAAUGAACCUUUUAGAACUUCCUUCCUGCCGUCUGUGUGGUUACUGCUCCUGCCAAGAUGAUUCCUGGUGUGCUACUCUGCUAAAUCUAUUUCAAUUCAAUUCAAUUCAGUUUAUUUUGUAUAGCCCAGAAUCACAAAUUACAAAUUUGCCUCAGAGGGCUUUACAAUCUGUGCACAUGCGACAUCCUCUGUCCUUCCCUCACAUCGGCACAGGAAAAACUCCCCUAAAAACCCCUUUAACAGGGAGAAAAAAGGAAGAAACCUAUGGGAGAACGACAGAGGAGGGAUCCUUCUCCCAGGAUGGACAGAAUGCAAUAGAUGUCAUGUGUACAGAAUGAGCAGCAUAACAGUUCAAUGUAUAUGACAUAAAUGAUUCAUAUAAUAAGACUACUUAUAAUAACAGCAGCAAUUAUUACAGUAGAAUUAUAGCCAUGAAAAACUAAAUUUAUUUAGUAUGUUUUUUAGCAGUUUCUCUAAUUUCCACUCUCAAGUGUAGUUGUUUUCUCUCUGACCUAUACUAGCCGCCAUGUGUUCACCGUGUUUAACGAGUGCAUGCCCAUCCAAAACAUGCCUGUUUAGAACGAGCUGAAUGUGUGGUCUGUGGUGUUUCUCGAGAAUUGCUCAUACCAACAACUUCACACUCAACACUGCACUUCCUUGGGUCCUGAGCAGUACACCUGCCAUGGCAUAGGCCCAAUCCCAACUCAUCCCUUGCCCCUACCACUUAGCCCUACCCCUCCGUUUAGCUUGUUAAAGUGUAGGGGUAGGGUGUGCAGAUUCUUGUUGUGAUCAUAGACUGCAUAAAAAAAAUUGGACGCAGUCAUCGUGACAUCGCCCACUGGUUUGUGCACUGCCGUUUUGAGGCCUUGAGUUUGGUGAUUUUGCUUUCUUCAUCUUGGAUUUCGGCCAUUGCCAUGUUUUUUUUUUCACCAACCAAUGAGCAGAAGUGACCAUAUUUGGACUGCAGAGGAGUUACGUAGAGACGCUGUAUAUGGCUCUGAUAGGGACAGCGACCUGUCAAUCACAGUAAGCCCGCCCUAAAGCAUACUCUGCUUUAUGGUCUAUUUGACUCCAAAUGGACCAUAAUUGACUAAAUGUACAUCAUUCUGUAUUGAAGAAGACUUGUUUACAAUGUUUACUGAGGCAAUAAAU